GUUCGCUGAAGUGCUUUGUACUUUUUCACUUCUGCAUAUUGUUUUAUCAUCAGCUAAACUUGUUGAUAUUUUCUUCUCAUUUCGCUUCUGAUUUAGGUCCCUGGAUCUGUGAUAUCCUGCAAAGCAAUUUUCCAGUCUAGUUCAUCCAUAAGCAAUCGACUGAUUUGCUAUCAUGGCCGGAGUUGAGAAACAACAGUCCAGCAGUGCUGAUCGCAUGGUUGGCAUGGACCAUGCUGAAGUUCGUUAUUUCACGAGUUAUGAUCACCAUGGCAUUCACGAGGAGAUGCUUAAAGACGAUGUCCGCACCAGAUCUUACCGCGACUCCAUUUACCAGAACCGCCACAUUUUCAAGGACAAGGUUGUUCUCGAUGUCGGCUGCGGUACCGGUAUUCUUAGCAUGUUCGCUGCGAAGGCCGGUGCUAAACAUGUGAUGGGUGUUGAUAUGUCCUCGAUUAUCGAGAAGGCCCGUGAGAUCGUUGAGGUCAACGGCCUGACCAGCAAGAUCACUCUUCUGCAGGGAAAGAUGGAGGAGGUUGUCCUGCCCUACCCGAAGGUUGACAUUAUCAUUUCGGAGUGGAUGGGCUACUUCCUCCUCUACGAAUCCAUGCUGGACACUGUCCUCUAUGCCCGCGACCGCUACCUCGUUCCCGGUGGCAAGAUUUUCCCUGAUAAGGCUACCAUGUACUUGGCCGCCAUUGAAGAUGGCGAGUACAAGGAUGAUAAGAUUGGAUUCUGGGACAACGUCUAUGGCUUCGAUUACAGCCCCAUGAAGGAGACUGCCCUCACUGAGCCUCUUGUGGAUACAGUUGAGAUGAAGGCACUUGUCUCUGACCCUUGUCCCAUCAUUUCAUUCGAUCUUUACACCGUCACCAAGGAAGAUCUUGCAUUCAAGGUACCCUACUCGCUCACUGUCAAGCGUAGCGAUUUCGUCCACGCCGUUAUCGCCUGGUUCGAUAUUGAAUUUGGCGCUUGCCACAAGCCCAUCCUUUUCUCCACUGGCCCCCAUGCCAAGUACACCCACUGGAAGCAGACCGUUUUCUAUCUGCGGGAUGUUCUCACUGUUGAGGAAGAGGAAGUUGUGUCUGGUAUGCUAGAGAACAAGCCCAACGACAAGAACAAGCGCGACCUUGAUAUCAGCAUCACCUACAAGCUGGAGACUACGGACCCGAACCGCUCCGCCGAGGGUGGCUGCUUCUACAGAAUGUGCUAAACUGAGGCGUUGAAAUCCUCAUCACCAAAUUGAUCCAUCACUGGGUCGGUACACUGAUCUCUCUGACUGAAUUCCCUGUCUUAGAAUUCAGUCAGUACCCUCGAUACUAUUUACCCGAGGGUUGCAUGGCAUUUGAAGGAAAGUACACUUGCAUGACGUUGGGUCGAUGAAUAGGUUUUCUUGACUUGCUUUGUUUGUUUAUGCCAUUUCAUUUCCGUUAUGUUCCGGCGUUUUAUUGGAAGGCAGGAAACGGCAUCAUUAUUUGGCGCGACACGGAGAGAUGGUUUCCACAAGGACGAUUAUGAAGCUCCUCGAAAUUCCCAAGUAGAUACCCCGAGUCGAUGCUCAAUCUUAUCAUCUCUUAACGAUCUCCUUAUAUUGUUUAGCUUCAG